AUGCGGGCCAGCUACCCGGUUUGGACCUACCAGCCCCCACCAAAGGGUGGGCCGGGGCCAGGCCGGCGGGCUCUCUGGCGCCGGGGCCGCCGCCUCCGGGAGCUGGCGCUAAGUGCUGUGCUGGAAUUCUGGGUGUGGCUGCCCUCUCCGCGCCGGGUGACCCUGGGCUUCCCAGCCCUUCCAGAGGCAGGCGCAGAGAAUGGACUUGCCGUGCGCAGGCUGUGGCAGACACGCACCAAGGGUGGAGAGUCAGCCAGGCCCCAAGUGGCCUGCCAAGAAAAAGUGGUCUGUGAGCAGAUCCAGGGGUGCCAGCUCAAACAGAUGGGCUACUACAGCAGUGGGUACUACGGGACGAGGCUAGCGACAGUGACAGUUCUCACUCUGCAGACCUUUGAGCUCUGGCCAGGAAGGGGGCAGCAGCUGCUGGCCUCAAACCUCUGGUGGUUUGAGGAAGUCCCGGGGAAAGAUUCAGUCACGCGGGACAUGUAUGGAGUUUUGUGGGUGCAGUUUGGGGCCCGGUGGCAUAAACUGAGCUUCAGGCUUCCAAGAAAGACGGUGUGUGAGACUCCCUCCUCCGUCAGCUGCCCCAGACCCCUGCCUGAGCUGCUGCCUCCAGACUGUGACAUCUUCAGCCUCACCCUGAAUGUCAGGGCCAGUCUUGAUGGGGGCAGAGGUAGCUGCCCUGAGCAUGGUGGAGCCGGUAGGGAAAGGUGUCCCCAUGAAACCUCCCUUCCUAAUGUAGGCCUGUUUCUCCUUAGCAACCAACAGAUGCGUGGAAAGACGGCCUCUCCGAAGAGCCCUGUGUCCUGCACAGAGAAACUAGACAGGGUUCAGGCACCCCUGGACUCCGGUCUGCACUGGCCCGAAGGCUUGAAGGGUGAAGAGAUAAAGAAGUUCAGCCGAGAUGCGACAUUACUGAGUAAAUACAACCAGCAAUACCACAAGCUGUUUAAGGACAUCCCCUUGGAGGAGGUGGUUCUCAAAGUGUGCUCCUGUGCCCUCCAGAGGGACCUCCUCCUCCAGGGCCGGCUCUACAUCUCCCCCAACUGGCUCUGCUUCCAUGCCAACCUAUUUGGCAAGGAUAUCAAGGUGGUCAUUCCCGUGGUCUCUGUGCAAAUGAUCAAAAAACACAAGAUGGCGCGGCUCCUUCCCAAUGGCCUGGCCAUCACCACCAACACCAGCCAGAAGUAUGUCUUUGUGUCACUGCUCUCCCGGGACAGUGUAUAUGACAUGCUGAGGAGGGUGUGCACCCACCUACAGCCUUCCAGCAAGAAGAGUCUGAGUGUAAGAGAAUUUCCAGAGGAACCUAAGUGCCAGUCUCUGGAAGUCCUCAUCCCUGAGAUGAAGUGGAGAAAAGUGUGCCCUGCAUCUAGCUCCCUGUCCCUCCCAGACAAUAUCUCUUGUGUCCCUCGGGCAUCUGUGGACUCCACAGACGGCUUCUUUCCCUCCAGGAAGCCUCCAGAGUCUGAAAAUGCUGUCUGUGAGGAGGAGAAGCUGGAGAAGGAGCCCAGGAGCGAUGGGGAUCUGAGGCUCUGGGAUUAUCUGCUCCUCAAGGUCGUCUUCGUGCUGAUCUGCUUCUUGGUCAUGUCCUCAUCCUAUCUGGCAUUCCGUAUCUCCCAGCUGGAGCAGCAGUUAUGCUCACUGAAUUGGGAUGGCCCAACCCCUCGGCACAGGUAACAGCUACUUGGCCUUUGUCCCCACUCGUCCAAGAAGAAUGCUCUGGGUGCUGAGGUUCCACCUACGAUCCCCUUGGUUUAUGCUGCUGCUGCUGUGCUGAGACUGAGUAUGAAGGAAAAUAUUCCAGAUCCCUCUUCCUCCCCACAACUCUUCUCCCUCCUUGAAUGAGUGAUCUGAAGUACUCGUUUACAAAGCUCCUGUAAUUUUGGGACUCAGACAAAAAGCCAGAUUUUUGGAAACAGCUGCGGAAUUCUGUAUACUAAGCUUCAGCAACCACUUAAAUG